AGUAACGUGAUUUGAGAACAAAGUCUAAAUCAACUAUGUGGGUCCUUGGGAAGGUCAGGGAGAGCAUGGAGAGCAUUCCUCUGGAGUUGGAUUCUUACAUUGGAAUGAGGGAUGAUGAUGCUUUAUUCUCCUCAAAGACCAGCCUUUCUCAGAAUCUCCACGCAAACAUCAUUACUCCCAACAACAUCCCUGAGUUCUGCCUGCCUCCGCAACUUUGCAAGAGACAUCCAAAGAGUGAAAAGAGUGAAGACCCAUCAGUGCCUCAGAAGGCUCCAAGACGACCUUUGCCAUUCUCUGCAGAGUGCUACGGCCUGGCUGGGAUGUACGAGAGCCUGAACACUCGAAGGAAAGAGUCUUUGUUCCAUUCACAAAGGCCUGUGUACAUGUUCGAAAGACGCAUCCCUACCACAAAGCACAGACAGAUGGAGACAACCCCACAAAAGAAAACUUUUUUAGAGUUCCUCCCAUUGUUUGCAUUCAAAAGUCUAUCAGAAGCAGCAAGCACAGAAGCUGAAAUUCCUUCCAGUUCCAAACCACCCAGAAACGUCCAAUCCAGAAGCCAGCAUCUUAAAGAAACUGCAUCCUGUCCUUCAUUAUUCGAUAUCAUGGAGAAGAGCAUAAAGGCAAAGAAAUUAGGUUUAAGUUUGCCAACUUUUUCCUGGAGCCGGUCAACCUCGGAGAGAAAUCCACCCACCCUGUCCCCACCUGUCCUCCAUUCACUGGACUUCCUCCACUGCCAGGAGAGACUUCACCAUGAACACAUCCUUUCUUUGCAGGGCCGAGGCAGAGUUCGCUUUUCCACUGAGCACACCACAUUCUCUAAUGGUACUUCCACUAUCAGAGUGCGUGUGGUGUCUGUGGAGGGCUUGUUGGAUCAAACUGAACAACAAACCCUGAACUGUGCUGUUAAUCUGUGCCUGAUACCGGGGAAGCUGCAGCAGCAGGAGAGCGCCAUCAUCAGGAACUGCCGUUGCCCUGUUUUUAAUGAAGAUUUCUACUUCACAGAGCUGAGUCACAAGGAUCUGCUAGAGCUGCAGCUCAGGUUAAAAGUGGUAGAUAAAGCUGCAGCAGGAGCUUUCAGGAGGGGAACAGUGAUCGGGAUUAUCUUUAAAUCACUAUCCCAGCUGUUAUCCUCUGAGGAACAGGUGUAAGAGCAGAUAUGGAUCCCAUAUGUUUAGGAAAAACAUGAGAUCCUAUUUUUUUCUGUGAUGACACUGUCAUUGAAAUUUUGUUACUGCUUUUAUCACUUUUAGUCGUACAUAAUCACUUUUAAUUAUAGCUACUCAAAAGGUAACAUAAACAAAAUGCUCAUAAUUGCUCAAAUACUAGAUUUUUCUCAGGAGAUCAAAAGACUCACAGAGGUAACACUGAACUGUAUGUCUCCAGGUGGGGACACAAAUCUAAAAUCUGCUGCUCGGACUUUAUAGCUGACAAGAUUUUUCAAAAAGAACCUGAUGUAAACACAAUGCUGCAAACAGGGUGUUUGCUUUGUUUUAGAUAUGAAAACAACAAAAAUGCUGAUUUGUUUUGCUAUGUUUGUGAUGUUAUGCUUUGUAUUAUUUCCUAAUUUCUUUCAUGAAUGUGCACAAGUAAGUAAUUUAACAUUUUGUAGCACUUUUGAUAUACACACGUGGACAAA